AUGGGAGCAGUAGGGCAGUCUUACAGUGCCCGAUCAGGUCAGGUGGGAUCCUGUCACUGCCAGGGGAAGAGCUCCAAUGAACCACACCAACACAGAGUGGGCUUCGCAGUGAGGAACAGCCUGCUGAAUACAUUAGAACAAGGCUGCAAUGGCUCUGAGAGACUCCUUAUUCUCCACCUCAGCACCAUCACAGGCCCUGUCACCCUCAUCAGCGUGUAUGCGCCAACACUCUCUGCCACACCGGACACCAAGGACAAUUUUUACAACAAACUGGCAACCACCAUCAGCAGUAUCCCAAGAAAGGAACAACUUGUUUUCCUGGGUGACUUUAACACCAGAGUGGGUGCUGGUCAUGACUCUUGGCCUUUGUGCCUUGGACAGUUUGGCGUUGGCAAGAUGAACAACAAUGGCCAGAGACUGCUCAAGUUAUGCACUUACCACAACUUGUGCAUAGUCAACUCAUUCUUCAAGACCAAGUCCCAGCACAAGGUCUCCGGGAGACAUCCAUGCUCAAAGCACUGA